AUGGCUUCAAAAUAUCACGAUGAUUGGCAGUCUAGUAAGAAAACAGUCUUACAAAGAAACGCGUAUAUGUUUGAUAACGAAUUGAUGAGCGAUGUAUCUUUCACUUGUGGGGAAUCAAGUCGCAUAUUUCAUGCGCAUAAAUAUGUGCUUGCCACGAGCAGUGCUGUGUUUUUUGCCAUGUUUUAUGGCGAUCUAGCUCAGAAAGAAUCUCCCAUUUGCCUACCAGAUGCCGACGAAGAAAGCUUCAAAGAAUUUCUGUGCUAUCUCUACACUGAUGAUUGUAAAAUAACCGCAGAGAACGCGAUUGGAGUUAUGUAUUUGGCUAAGAAGUAUCUCAUGUCGUCUUUGACAAAGAAAUGUUGCAAGGUUCUAGAGGGAAGCAUUAAGCCUAAUAAUGUCUUCCUGGUGUUGGAGCAAGCAAUACAAUUUGAUGAACAAAA